AUGUCACAUUGCGGAACAAAAGUGAGAGAUUCUCCCGAUCUGAGUACGUACUUGCAGGAUGCCAUUGCAAGACCCUGCAAAUAUGUACUCAGAUCGGAAACUUUGUUCCCAAUGUCACAUUGCGGAACAAAAGUGAGAGAUUCUCCCGAUCUGAGUACGUACUUGCAGGAUGCCAUUGCAAGACCCUGCAAAUAUGUACUCAGAUCGGAAACUUUGUUCCCAAUGUCACAUUGCGGAACAAAAGUGAGAGAUUCUCCCGAUCUGAGUACGUACCUGCAGAAACAUAGAGAUAUAGUAUGCAGCAAAUGCUUUUAUCAACUUAUUUACACACAUUUACUUAUAUUCAAACUUCAAUCUUGA